AUGGAUAAACUUUAUAUCUAUCAACGAUGAUGCUUGUUUUAUGAGCUACUUUGUGUCAGUUCCUUUUACGAACAUGGGAGGAGGCCAGAAUGGGAACGGAAGUGAAAAGGUUCACAUCCCUUUUUCUGUGGCGAGGGGGUAAAUUUCCCCAACGGGCCUCUGGCUCCUCUGUCCAGCAUUGCAUUUGCAGACACACGUAGCUAAAAGUAUCGGUGCUGCCGUGUUUUUGAGCUAGGACCCGUCCUUUGUCUCUGCCUGGCUGUCUAACCCCUCGUCUCUUCCUCUUUCCAUUUUGUCUUCUAUCUAAUGCCCCCUUUCUCCCCAGGUUGGGUGGAUAUGUGCACUGGUGUGUGCCACAAAUAGGACGCAAAUGUUUGGAGGAGAGGCUUUUGUUCAGCUACACAGAUGAACAACAGGAAGGAGGACAUGGAGAUCUCAUCUCACUACCGUCAGCUCCUCAGAGAGCUCAAUGAGCAGAGGCAGCACGGCAUCCUCUGUGACGCCUGUGUCAUUGUGGACGGAAAGAUCUUCAAAGCCCAUAAGAACGUCCUUCUGGGCUCCUCACGCUACUUCAAGACUCUUUACUGCCAGGUUAAAAAAGGGGCAGAGCCUCACCAUCAGACCACUGUCACGCAUCUGGACAUCGUCACGGCGACAGGCUUCAAAGCCAUCCUGGACUUCAUGUAUUCAGCCCACCUCGCCCUCACCAGUAAGAACGUGAUUGAGGUCAUGUCGGCUGCCAGCUACCUGCAGAUGACAGACAUCGUCCAGGCCUGCCACAGCUUCAUCAAGGCCGCGCUGGACAUCAGCAUCCGCUCUGAGAUGGCUGAUGAGCUGGCCGACUUCGAAAUGGGAGCUGUUGCUGCAGGUUUGGGAGGAGGUGGAGGAGGUGGAGGAGGAGUGGGUAUAACAGGAGUGGGAGCUGUUCCAGGUGCAGGUUUAGGAGGAGGAGGUGGGAUAGUGGGUAUAGCCUCUGAAGCCUUAGCCUCCAUCAUUUCAGGUCGCAGCACCUCCCCCUGGCUGGCACGUCGAACUAGCCCGGCCAACUCUUCAGGAGACUCAGCCAUCGCCAGCUGCCAUGAAGGAGGCAGCACCUAUGGGAAAGAGGACCAAGAACCCCCUAAAAGCCAUGAGAGCCACGAGGAAGCAUGCCAUGACUCCCAGCCCGCCUGGCCACACGACUAUCGGCCCAUCAGCGUCAAGGAAGAACAAGUGUCCCCUGCCUCCUCCUCUCAUCCAAGGGACACUCUAAAGGGAGCAGCCCAAAACCAAGUGGAGCAAGGGGCUGUGGGGAGCAGUGGUGGAGCUGGAGAAGGACCUUGGCCACCACUGUCAGGGUCAGGACGGAGGAAGAACAGGAAGAACAAGGACACGGUCAGACACAUUACACAGCAGGCUGAGAGGACUUGGGACCGACUGCGGGACAGAGACAGAGACCGGGACAGUCGGCCUGGCUCUCCUCUGCCCUCUAUGCUGGCUGUCACUGGAUGGAACUACAAUGGGCAGGACAUCCCAGGUAGGACUGGUAGACCUUUCCUAGUGUUCACUCUAUGUUUACCGUAACGGGUUCUGGGUGGGUCAAAAGAAGAGUUUUAGGGACCUCAGAUGCAGGUCGGGUUUGAUAAAUGUGAGGAGUUGCUUGUUCUUGUGCAAGCUUUUAGUAAUCCUGUAGUCUGAUUACUGAAUGACCAGUGUGAUUAUCAGAUUAGGUUAGAUAAAUGAGUGAGACUAUCGUAUCAGCACCCAACUGUAGCAAAACCUAAUUUAUCUCCUAAAAGACUUCUAAAGACCGCGGCUGGGAGUAGACAGACUGCUCCACUGACUGUAAUGCUCUCCAUAAAACGUCGAGGGUCACUCGGUACAAGUUAGCCAUCUGCAGGAGUUUGCUUCGAGAAAUUGACCUCUUUUCCUCCUCCGGGGUUGAGAUUAGUGAGCUUAUAUGCUAACGUGUUAGGCCUAGCAUGAUUAUCUUAAAUCGUGAAGGUGUGAGGUGAAGCCUCAGUAAACGCAGAUGGAUAAUACAAUCCUCUCUUUUCCUGCAGUUUAUGUAAGCCACACUCCCCCAUCGUCAAGCAAAUAUGAACACAAACUCACUCGUGAAUGCAAAUUUAUUUUGAGAUUUCACUCUUGAUCUUAGUAGCCUUGCAGAUUGCUUGGUGAGCUUCUUCACUCUAAAAACUUAUACAUGACAAAUGUACCUGUGUGUGUUUGUGAGGCUUUUGAGUAUGUUGUGGGCCCCAAGGCGUCAAUAGGUAGAUUAUUAAAAGUAAGAGAAGCUAAUCCUGGGCGCAUUAAGGGAGUUGGCUGUGAAAUGGGCACACACGUCGUACUGUGAAAGAAAACAGGAUAAUUGAAUUGACCUGGGUCACUGCACGGAUUACCAGCACGUCCUCGCCAUCCCAAGCUCCUCCCUCUCUCUCUGGGGUUUAGGUAAGGACCUUCUGGAAAGGGCGUGAAGAGGGAAAAGGAAGAGAGAGUGUUAGAUUGGAGGGGUAAUUAGAGAGACCAGAAAGACAGAGGAACAGAAAAGGAAAUGGGAACUGAACCCUUUUAGGCUUAUGAUGGCUCGUCUUUGCGACCUUAUGUGUCCUCAGUCCCAGAUUUGAUGACCUGCAGUCAGACCUUAUUACUGGGUCUGAGUACAUCUUGUCUCCUACUGCAGAAUCACUCAGUCUCAUGCAUACAUACGCUGCUAACUAAAUGGCCCUUUGAAGCCUUUUGGGCAGAGUUAUGGUAGAAAUUAGGGAUGCACCGAUCAGGUUUUUUGCUGCCGAUCACCGAUACCGAUAUCAAAGAAUGCUGAUCACCAAUACCGAUCACGUGGAUUGGCCAGAAAUUUUCUACAACAUUAUAAUGAGUGUUACAAACUACAUAAUCUGGGAAUAAAGGAAAUGUAACCUAAUCUAAAAUGGUCUGUAUUAGGAUUGUCACGGUGUGAUAAUCUAACCUCACGGUUAUUGUGACCAAAAUUACCACGGUUUUCGGUAUUAUUGCGGUAUUUUUUUUAAACGUGCUACAUUUUCACACAAUUAAAUAAACCCUGUAUGUCAGGAAAUAUUGUCCUCAGUUUGUGUCUAAAUUUUGCCUAAAAUGUG